CUGCUUUGGACUCCCCUUCAGGCAUCCGAACAAGUCUGGACUUAAAUUAGGCUACUGCAGGUUAAAGACACCCUUGGCAAUUAUCUCGCGGGACAUGGAAUGCGCAGCAAGGACCAUUAAUAAACUUUAUGCAGAAGAGGAGGCUAUCUGAAGACCUGAGUGAUAGAGUAACUGUAGCCUAGAAUUUGUCUAUACAUUUUCUAAACCUCAGCCGCCUGGAAGGUAGAACAAGGAGACACGGGUGGAUUAUUAUGCUACAAGUGAAAAGGCUGUAAAAGAUGUGGAUCUGGGUUUUCCCGCUUGCUGUCCUGCUGUCCUCAGGGCACCAGGCUGAAGCCCAAGGCAGGUGUAACAAUGUUGGAGCAGCAGACAUCGUGUUCCUGGUGGACGGCUCGUCCAGUAUCGGCAGGCCCAACUUCCUGCAGGUCAAGGCCUUCAUGGCUGGCAUCAUACGGCCGUUCGUCAGUUCUGUGGGCCCAUCUGGGAUCCGCUUCGGUGCCGUGCAGUACAGCGACACCUCUAGGGUGGAGUUCACCUUUACCACCUACUUGAAUGGCACAGAGCUGGUCAGCGCUGUGGAGAACCUCAACUACAAGGGGGGCAACACUCGUACUGGCGCCGGCCUCAAAUUUGUCGCGGACAACUUCUUCAAUCCAAACUCAGUCCGGAACGUCUCUAAGGUCUUUAUAUUGAUCACAGAUGGGAAGUCUCAGGACAAUGUGAGGGAGCCUGCUCAGAAGCUGCAGAGUCUGGGAGUGGAGAUGUUUGCUGUGGGUAUAAAGAGUGCCGACCAGAAUGAACUGGCUCUGAUAGCCUCUCCGCCUCAGAAAAACUUCAUUUUUUUUGUGGGGGACUUCAAGCUGCUCAACACAUUGCUGUCUCUGGUGGCUCCACGAGUGUGUUCCAGCUCUGGGGGAGUGUAUGCUAGCGAUGAGGCCUUCUCCGGUCCUUUCAACCUCCAGUUCACAAGUCAGACCUCGGAUUCGCUCAGGUUCCGGUGGACUUCCGCCGGGGGGCCUGUGAGUGGCUACGUGGUGCAGUACACGCCCCUGUCUGGCCUGGGGCAGCCAAUCACAGCAGAGCUGCGUCAGGAGACUGUGUCUGGAAGUCAGAGGAGCUUUGUGGCCAAAGAGCUGAAGUCAGGGACAGACUACCUUGUGACAGUGAUUGCCCAGUACCCCAACAGUGUGGGAGAGCCUGUUUCUGCUAAGUCACGAACUAAGUCUCUAGCGGGGGUGUCUGGUUUCCGCCUGGCGGAGGCCGGGUUCUUCUCUCUCUCUCUGAUCUGGGAUGCCCCCACCUCACAGAUCCAGGGCUACCGACUCACCUAUGGACCCAGAGGUCAGCCUACUGCCCAGCUGUUGGAUCAGUCUCUGCCUGCUGAUUCCACCUCCGUCACCCUGAAGAAGCUCCUCCCAGACACAGAGUAUGUUCUCACCCUCUUCCCACUCUUCCCCCGAAACUCUGCCCCCUCCGCCACCCUCACCUCACGCACAUUACGCCUGGAGGCGACCCAGCAGCUGUCAGUAGAGACAUUGUCAGAAAGUAGCGCCCAGGUCCUGUGGAGAAGAGUGGGUGGAGCCAGGGCCUAUAGACUGGUCUGGGGACCAUUCUCAGGUCGUAAUGUGGAUUCUGUGGAAGUGUCUGGAGAAAGUGAGAUGACACACACCCUUUUGAACCUGCAGCCAGACACGGAGUACAUUGUCACAAUCAUCGCCCUCUAUGAGGACAGCAUAGAGGGUCCUCCUGCCACUGCUACAUUCAAGAUAGAGCGUCUGGAGCAGCAGGUACUGAAUGUAGCCAACACUGGAACCUCCUCAAUCCGCCUUACCUGGAACCUCAUCCAGGCAGCCAGGGGCUACCGUCUGGAGUGGAGACAGGUCCAAGGUGGCCGAGAGCAGAGUCAGUUGUUGUCCAGGACCACCACUAGCUAUGACCUGACAGGGCUGCAGCCCAGAACGGAGUAUGUCAUCACCUUGUUCACCCUGUACGAGGGUCGAGAGGAGGCCACCCCUGUCUCCACCUCUUCUACAGUGGAGCAGCCCGUGGGAAGGGUGUCCAACCUGCGAGUGGUGGAGUCCCUCGGUAGCACGGUGAGGCUGGGAUGGACAGGGGUUGCCGGGGCCACCGAGUACCGUAUCCUCAUAGUCAAUACUGAAGCACAAACUGAGGAGACCCGCAGUAUCCCUGGAAGCCAGACGACCCUUGACCUUAAGGAUCUGAAGGAGGGCGUGUCUUAUGGGGUCAGCGUGACAGCUUUAGUGGGAGACUAUGAAGGGGAACAAGUCACUGUCAACAUUAAAGCAGAACAAGCGUUGGGGAAAGUGACUAACCUGCGUGUGACAAACACCAAUGGUCGGCGUCUCCGGAUCGCCUGGACAGGAGUUCCUGGGGCUACAGGGUACAGGUUCACUUGGAGACAAGGCAACAAUGCUCAGCAGUCCAUUGUUCUGGGACCAAAUACCAUCUCCCACACAGUGGAGGGGCUGGAGCCCGGCGAGGCUGUGGUCCUGGGUGUAGCGCCUAUGAUUGGCCAGCGCAUCGGGGAGGUGGUCACUCUCACAGCCAGGACCAAUGGGAGCAAUGGCUCAAGCUCAGUUAGCGGCCUGCGUGUCGUUGAUGUCACCUCCAGGAGGAUACACAUCACAUGGUCACCCUACUCCAGGGCGACAGGCUACAAGAUCACCUGGCGCAGUGGGGAUGGGGAAGAGUUCUCCAGCACUGUGGCCGCUGAUCGCACCUCCUACAUCAUCGGAGACCUUCAGGAAGACUCCCCCUACCAGGUGUCCGUCACUACUAUGAUUGGCUCUAGAGAAGGACGCCCCACCAUCUUGAACACCAAAACAGAGUCAGACCAGAGAGAGGUGGGAACCGUGACCUCACUCAAAGUCCAGGAGUCCCCUGGUGAAGUUGUCAUGGUAACAUGGGUGGGCGUGCAAGGAGCGACAGCCUAUCGUGUGGCUUGGAAGAGAACUGAUGGUGGGGAGGUGAGGAGCCAGCUGGUGGGUGGUGACCGGACAUCGUUUGACCUGAAGCAGCUGGACCCGGGGGCUCAGUAUGAGGUGCAGGUUAUAGCCCUGGUCCAGAAGAGACAGGGAACCCCAGUCUCUGUCAGAGUCACCACAUCCGGGGAACCGGUUGCUGGAGACCGCGUUGAGGGCCUCCAGGUGCUGGAGGCUCUCCCAGGCUUGCUGCGUCUCAGCUGGAGACGUAUGGCCGGGGUCACAGGGUACCGCCUCAGCUGGAGAUCAUCCCUGGGCGAGGCUGAAUCAAGUCUCCUGUUAGGUCGAGAUGAGACCUUGUACGACCUGGAUGGUCUGCGGCCUGGGGUGAGCUACACUGUGAAACUGAGCGCCAUCUACAGGGACAGAGAGAGUCAAGCUGUCAGUAUCAUUGCCUCCACAGAUUCCUUACAGCCUGUGACGGGUCUGCGAGCAGAGGAGGUUACCCAGAAUUCUGUUUUGCUGCGCUGGGUUCCACUGACUGCCGCGACGGGAUACGUCCUCCGUUGGAGAGAGGAGAGAGACACUGGGCCAGGUCAGUCCAUCCCACUUCCUGGGUCGUCCAGCUCCUACAGGGUGACAGGACUGCGUCUGGGCCUGAGGUACCGCUUCAGCCUGCAGCCCUCCUUCCAGAGGGAGGUGGGCCCGGAGACCUCAGUGGAAGAACGCACCGUGUGUGUUGGUGGUCGUCUGGACGUGGUGUUCCUGGUCCCAGCCUCCAGGGAUCGUAGUAGAUUAGCUGAGCCUCUGCUCUCCCUUCUUUCCAGUGCAGCCGGCUCCCUCACCACUAUUGGAGCCAGUGACUCACAGAUGGGAAUUGUGGUGUACAGUGCCCGACCCAAGGUGUGGUUCCUGCUCAAUCGCCACAGCAACAGUGAAACUCUGCUUCAGGAAAUCCUUUCGCUGCCAUUUGAAGAUGGCCCAGGAAAUGCUAUAGGCCAGGCUUUGACCUUCACCAGACAGUUCCUUCUCAGCUCCACAGCUGGUCGGAGACCAGGAGUUCCUGGCGUCGUGGUGAUCAUUGCGGAUGAAAAAUCCUCGGACAACAUGACAUCCUCAGCCAGGGCUGUCAAAGCGUCAGGUGUGACGGUCCUGGCCGUCGGUAUCGGACGGGCCGACUCGGAGGAGCUGCGCCAAGCGGUGACAGAUGGCAGCACCCAGAACCUCCUCUAUGUUGGUGAUGCCACCCAACUGAACACCCUCCAUGCCGACCUGGCUGACCUGCUGUGUGGCGUGGCCAGGAUCCCAGAGGGGGGUCCUGGGACCGAGCCCUGUACUAUACAGUGUCCACGGGGGGACCGAGGAGAGCGGGGAGAAAAGGGAGAACGAGGAAGAGAUGGUGCUGAUGGACGGAAAGGAGAGCCUGGUCGCGAUGGGUUGCCUGGCAGGGAGGGCCCCAGGGGGCCAGAGGGCCGUCAGGGACCGCCUGGCCGAAGUGAGGACGUCUCCGUGGGGGACAGAGGGGAGAAAGGGGAGAGGGGGUUCCCUGGCCUGGAUGGGAGUCCAGGGUUGCCAGGACGACCAGGAACACCGGGCACCGGAGGACUGCCGGGUUUACAGGGGGUUCCUGGUGUUAGAGGAGACCCUGGUGAGCCUGGGGUUGCAGGAACACCAGGGACAAAGGGUGACAAGGGUGACAGGGGUGAGCCAGGGUCCGCUGUUUCAGGAGGAGGUCUUCCUGGGAGAAAGGGUGAACCAGGGAUCCCUGGAAUACCAGGUACAUCAGGGCGUCCGGGGACUGAUGGGGCCAAGGGCUUAAUGGGACCUGCAGGGCCACCAGGACGGGACGGUAGCCCCGGGUCACCAGGCACACCUGGCCUCUCCAUAAAGGGAGACAAGGGCAGCACAGGAGAGAGGGGGCCUCCAGGAGUGGGGAGUGGUGUGGCCGUAAAGGGGGAGAAAGGAUCGCCGGGGUCUGAUGGUAAACCAGGACCUCAGGGCCCCAGAGGACUUACAGGACCACAAGGACCAAAAGGAGAAACGGGGGAGAGUGCAGAGGGGUUGCCUGGACCACCUGGGAAGACUGGAGAGCCUGGUGAUCGGGGGCCUCGUGGGCCUUCUGGGAUCAUUGGGAUUAAGGGAGACCGAGGUCCUCCAGGUGAGCCUGGAUCACAAGGUGACAGAGGCGAGAGAGGACCUGCUGGCUUGCAAGGGAUCAGGGGGGAGACAGGACUGCCCGGCCCCACAGGGCCUCCAGGCCUCAGGGGUUUGCCUGGCACCAAUGGACUCCCAGGGGAAAAGGGCAGCCAGGGGGCACGGGGAGAACCUGGCCGCAGCGGUCCAGGCUUAGGUGGAAAGAAAGGUGAACAGGGUGAGCCGGGCCCGUCUGGUCCAGAGGGGCCCCAGGGCCAGAAAGGAGAACCGGCCCAGAAAGGUGAAAAAGGUCUCCCGGGUGCUGGCACUCCUGGCCUGGCUGGACCCAAAGGAGAGCAAGGGGAUCGGGGAAUCCCUGGCUUAUCUGGAAAAUCAGGAAGUAAGGGAGACCCAGGUGAACCAGGAGAGAGAGGGGAAACUGGACGCGCUGGACCUGCAGGAAAGAAUGGCCUCUCAGGGAAAGAGGGACCUAAAGGAGACAAGGGCGAUGAAGGCACUCCUGGGGAGCCAGGCCUACCGGGGAAGUCUGGGGAACGAGGACUGAGGGGCCUGCAAGGUCAGCCUGGACUACUAGGCGAGAAGGGAGAUAUGGGAGAUCCCGGAGAGCAUGGACGCAAUGGCAGCCCAGGACCGGUUGGACCAAGGGGAGAAAAAGGAGCAGAGGGAGCUCAAGGGCCCCCAGGACCUCCCGGGACUGCGGUUGGUACAGAGCAAACAAUUAAAAGAGAAAGAGGAGAGAAGGGGGAUGCUGGUGACCCUGGAGAGCAUGGUGCCAAAGGUCAGAAGGGCGAGGUAGGGCCCCCAGGGCCCUCAGGUGUCCGAGGUCUUGAAGGACAGCGUGGACCUCCAGGGUCAAGAGGUGACACAGGAGAGCGGGGAAGCCCCGGAGAGAAGGGAGAGAGAGGUGCCUCUGGGCUGGAUGGACGCAACGGUUUAGAUGGCAAACCAGGAGCUCCUGGACCGGCUGGCCUGAGGGGAGACCCAGGGAAAAUAGGGGAUCCAGGAAGAGAUGGACAACCAGGACUAAGAGGUGUACAGGGUCCUCCAGGGCCCGUCGGACCAGCAGGAAAUACAGGUCCAUCUGGCAAAGCAGGAGAAGAUGGAAAACCAGGGGCUCCUGGGAAAAUGGGAGAAGAUGGCUUACCAGGGGAAGAUGGCAAAAAGGGUGAAAAAGGAGAGGCGGGGGCUCCCGGAAGAGACGGCCGUGACGGGCUGAAGGGGGACCGAGGCCUUGCUGGGCCUGCUGGGCCAACUGGUCCAUCUGGACCCGCAGGUGUCCCUGGCACCAUUGGACCUCCAGGACAGGUGGUUUAUGUGAAAGGAGCUCCAGUAGCAUCUAUCCCUGGUCCUCAGGGGCCUCCAGGAACCCCAGGUGUUCCUGGAAUACCAGGGACUGUAGGUCUCAGAGGGGAGAAAGGAGCAAUGGGCGCAAAAGGGGAAAGGGGUGACCAAGGGGAUGAUGGCCAGCCGGGCAGGCCAGGAACAGCAGUGGAUGUGCAGAAGGCCCUUUCUAACAUUGGGAUUGAUGUGCAAGAACUGAAGGCAAUCGUGAAUAGGAGGGAUGUGCCAGUCAAGGUGGAAAAGGCUGAGAGGGGCGAAAAAGGAGACAAGGGAGAGGUUGGACCGAGAGGACCAGCAGGGAUAGACGGUGCCCGUGGGCUGUCUGGGGAGAGGGGUGUGAAGGGAGAGCAGGGACAACCGGGACCGGUGGGGGCCACAGGACCCACAGGGAGGGCCAUCGGAGAGAAGGGCCCAGUGGGGCCCCCGGGACAGGCUGGAGAACCAGGAAAACCUGGAAUACCUGGAGUGCCAGGGAGGGCUGGAGAACUGGGAGAGGCUGGACGACCCGGAGACAAGGGGGAGAGAGGAGAGAAGGGGGACAAAGGAGAGCCUGGGAAAAACGGGCUUGCAGGAUCAAUGGGCCCACCCGGACCAAAGGGUGCUGCGGCAGAAGAGGGUCAGGAUGGACUUCCUGGAGCAAGGGGGCUCCCCGGUGUGACAGGAGCAAAGGGAGAGCCUGGUCCUCCAGGACCGUCAGGACCCAAAGGAGACAGAGGUAUUGUUGGGCCGCGUGGGGAUAAAGGUGACCGGGGUCCAUCGGGAGAGCAGGGACGAGACGGUUUUCAAGGAACAGCAGGAGAACCUGGGAAACCUGGACAGGAUGGGAAGCCGGGCCUGCCUGGGUUCCCUGGCGUGCUGGGCAGACCGGGAAACCCUGGAGAACCUGGAAUUAGAGGACCAACUGGUCCGAUUGGUACCAAUGGGCCUCCAGGUCCACCAGGGGUAAAGGGUAAUCAAGGAUUGCCUGGAGUCGGCGUUCAGGGACCCCCUGGUCCCCAAGGCAGCAUGGGACUGCCAGGACCUCCGGGUCCUCCUGGAGCCGUGGGUCCGUCAGGGCCUCCCGGUCUACCAGGGCAGACGGGGGAGGGGGGUAAGCCAGGGGUCCCUGGGAGAGAUGGGAUACCUGGAAAAGAGGGGACACCAGGGUUGCCAGGGAAACAGGGUAUCGCUGGGCCAAUGGGCCCCGCUGGGUUGAAGGGAGAGCAGGGGGACAGCGGCCCCCCAGGGAAGGCUGUAGCAGGACCCCCUGGUGUGAAGGGAGAACAGGGACCUCCUGGUGUGACCUUACCUGGGACGGCAGGAGAGAUAGGCCUGCCAGGGCUACGGGGUGAGAGGGGAGAUAGGGGCCCGACAGGCAUCAAAGGGGACCGGGGUGUUGCUGGUGAAGAUGGGGAGCCUGGAGAAGAUGGCGCUAGAGGACCACCAGGGCCGAAAGGUGACAAGGGAGAGAGAGGCAUCGGGCUGGCAGGGCCUCCUGGUCAGCCGGGACCUCAAGGGUUGAAGGGUGACACUGGACUCCCUGGCUCAGCAGGCCCUCCAGGACCCAGUGGUGUUUCUGGAACCCCUGGUCUGGCUGGACUGAGAGGAGAGAAUGGAAACCCAGGACCUCCUGGACCUUUAGGAUCCAGGGGUAUCCAAGGCUUUCCUGGUGAGGCUGGGACUCCUGGAGCUCCUGGCCCCCCCGGAUCCCCUGGACUGGCUGGUCCACCAGGCAUUGCUGGAGGUAAAGGGGACAAGGGAGCGACUGGAAUAGGAGUACCUGGAUUGAGAGGAGAAAGAGGAGACCCAGGGCCCAGGGGUGAGGAGGGUCGAGCGGGUCUGGAUGGGGAGAGAGGACUAACGGGUUCUCCAGGUAGCAGAGGAGAGAGGGGAGAGAAGGGUGAAUUUGGGCCGCAAGGUGACAAAGGAGAAAAGGGCGAUACUCUUCUGGUGAUUGGCCCUACUGGAGAGAAAGGCAACAAAGGCGAAACGGGGGACCGCGGCCCCAAAGGUGUGCAGGGGGAGAAGGGCUUGAAAGGCAGUGAUGGCCCAGCUGGGGAGCAGGGCCUGAGAGGUGAGCCAGGGGACAGGGGCUCCACUGGGUUCCAGGGGGCCCGGGGUCCAGGAGGACAGAAGGGUGAGGCGGGCCAACCUGGCGUACCUGGAGAACCCGGCAAACCCGGAAAAGAUGGAAUGCCAGGCUUUAGAGGGGAGAAGGGAGAUGUGGGGAUAACUGGAAUGCGUGGAAUUAAGGGCGACCGAGGAUCAAAGGGAAUGUGUGGAUCGGACGGACUUAAAGGAGAGAAGGGAGACGCUGGAAUCCAUGGGCGUGCAGGGUUGCCUGGAAGGAAAGGUGAACAGGGAGAUUUAGGGCCUCCCGGGCCCACUGGAACUGCAGGGAAGGAGGGACUGAUCGGCCCCAAGGGUGACCGUGGCAUCGAUGGAGUCCUGGGACAUAAAGGGGCUCAGGGAGAGAAGGGCGAAAGGGGCCCCCCAGGUGUCCCCGGCCCCCCAGGCCCCAGAGGAGUGGAUGGGGUCCCUGGACUUACAGGGUCUCAGGGACCUGCUGGAGUUAAAGGCCCUGAAGGCCUACAGGGACAGAAGGGGGAGCGAGGGCCUGCUGGUCCUGCCAUGACUGGUCCACGUGGUAUCCCAGGUAUACCUGGGGAACGGGGCGAGCAGGGAGAGAUGGGACCAGAUGGAGCCAAGGGAGACAGAGGAGAGCCAGGCUUGACGGAGGAUGAGAUUCGUACAUAUGUCCGCACAGAAAUGAGUCAGCACUGUGCUUGUGGAGGUAUGAUUGUCCCAGAAACACUGCCUAACACCAGGGCACUUCCUGCUCCAGAGAAACAGCUGGCCCGGCAGGGCAAGGAUGGUCGUGAGCUGCGUGUAGUGGUGAACACCAACGACCCAGAUUAUGAACACAUCUACUCUAUAGAGAGCUAUGAUGACCCCAUGGCCAUGGGACAGAGCAUCCACCUUAGCCCCACUGGUGAUCAAAGUGAUGGUAAGACAGUCACUGUUGACCCUCUGAAUGCAAAGAGGCCCAAGAGAGAGGUUAAAGGGGAAGCUCCAGUGGACCCGUGUGUGUUACCCCUGGAGGAAGGCAGCUGUGGGAGGUUUACUCUGCGUUGGUACUUUAACAGCCAGGUGAAAGCCUGCAGACCCUUUAUCUACAGCGGCUGUGGGGGGAACGCCAACCGCUUCCUCCAGCAGGAGUCCUGUGAGGAACGCUGCCUCCUGGAGGACACAGGUGCACUUCCUUUGAAGAAGGAGCGAUGAUGAACAGAAUGUGAUGACAACAUCCUCUCCAUCAUAAAGAAUGUCAACAAAUGGUUGUUAAAUAUUUAAUGUAAUAAGCAUAGGCAAGGGUCUGAAUAUACAGGAUAUAUCACGGAUGUGUGUCAUUGCCACACGUUGAGUUGUUGAUUUGUUUAUUUAUUUCAAGUGCAUUUAAAUUACAUUAACUCCGGAGCCAAACAUUUAAAUUCCCCUCGGAAUAACAUCCAGCUAUUACAAAUGUACAUUAUUUUAAGAUGACAGUGUUGUGCAAACUUUGACCCAACCUUACCUCAGAAUGCAGAAUCUGCCUUUAGUGGAUGUGCAAGUAAUGAGUUCCAAACCUUUCCGUUAAACUACAGAGCUGUUCUGUAUGUAUAAAGAGGCAGGCACAAUACAUGUUAUAAUAUUUUGCCAAUGUGAUGUACAUAUAAAUGUAUAUUUUUAUUAUCUGGGAAAAAGUGUUUUGUGUGUCCUAAUAAUUCACGUUAAACUCUGCAUGUUUUUUUUCCUGACAGAGAAAAGGUGCUAUUUUAAAAGGUAUUUUUGUAUUGCACAUUUCAUAUGUUGUUUUCAAAGAAAGAAUUAAGAUUGUAUUGUUGCACACAAAAACACACUCAUGCUGGCUCAAAACAUGAAUACUUUUUUUAUGAAAUAU